AUGCCUCCAAAGAGAGUGCGAAAGAGUUCGCCCACCGUUGAACGUCGCGAGCGCUUGACCCUGGCCAAACUGGCCAGCUAUGACGAUGUCGCAACCGAUGCGCUGGUGGAUCACGCUUAUUUUUGGACCACCACGCGCAAAAACCGCACCAAAUACAGCCCUGCCCGCGGAAUCCACGAUGACGAUGUUGCGCGCAUUCUCCUCCACGAUGUUGUUGUUGCCAAGGAUGUCCCGACUGCAGAACGCAAACUACUGGAUAUAUCAGGCUUGAAGAAAUACAUGGCAAAUCUCCGCAGCUCUCGAGAGCAGGAGUGGUUCCGACGACAUCUCCGCAAGUACAUUCAUAUGUAUCUUCCGGACUGUCCGUUCGAGGUCACCACGACCAAUCGAUAUAUCAUCACGCAACAUGAGGCUGCAAUCUGCGCUCGUAGGUUUAUUAAGAAGGGAGAGGAGAUCAAGCACUUGAGUGGAACCCUCGUGUCCAUGACCCACGAAGAGGAGUUGGAUCUCGGCUUGACGCGCAAAGACUUCAGUAUUGUGAUGUCGAGUCGCCGCAAAGCCCCAUCAUUUUUCUUGGGCCCUGCUCGUUUUGCCAACCAUGACUGCGAUGCAAAUGGCAGUUUGACCACCAGGGGCAACGAGGGCAUGUCUGUUUUGGCUAUGCGUGACAUCCACGAAGGAGAAGAGAUCACCGUUUCCUACGGAGAGGACUACUUUGGCGUUGAUAAUUGCGAGUGUCUGUGUCUCACUUGUGAGAGAGCUGUGCGGAAUGGCUGGUCUAUGGAUGUUGACACAGAAGAAAACAGUAAAGAGUCUAGCCCCGUGUCUGAAACUACCCCGGGUGAGGAUAGCAAUGUUUCCAGGAAGCGCAGACGCAGCUCAGACGCGGAUGAGUCUGACAGCUCUUCUAUUGUGUCAUGUUCCACCCCGCGCAAGCGAACGAAGUUUCAACGACAAGUUUCCAAAUUACGAGAAGAAAUCUCGGCCUCUGAACUUGCUGGGGAUACGUGCAAAUCAGCAAAUACACCUGUCCCAGACACUGUGCUUGUUCCCACUGCCAUUUUGACGGACGCUAUACCUCAGGCAUCCGACCUGAGGAAACAAAUUACAGAGCUGACCGCCGAGGCAUCGCCAACUGAUUCGCCGACCCCACUUCCAAUUCCUGCAGAUGCGGAACAGCCAAAGGAAGCUGUCUCGAGCGAUCGAAAUGAGGCAGGUGAUAUCCAUAAUAGUAUCCCUGCGGAUUGCGAAUCUCCAGAUUCCACCGAUGAAUCACACCGGUCAUCAGCAUCAACUACCCCCACCACUGUGGAUGAUGUUGGAAUCAAGAUCAAUACAGAAGAACAUUCGUUGGAACCGACAGAGUCACCACUGCUCAAUGGGGAUGAUCACCCCGAUGCGGCUUCUGAAGGUCAGCCCGCCAUUACCCAUUCUGUGGACAACAACCCUGGAUUAGACGACGCCCAUGAGACCGCUGCCGACAAACCCAAGAAGCGAAAGCCUCGCACCAAGCGCCGAUUUAUCGUAGACUCUGUCGAGACCGAGUCACAAGUCGCCCGAGUCCCCGGAGACUACACUAAGACAUCGCGAUUGCUUGCACAGAAGUAUGACCGCUGGGUGGAGUGCCAGACCUGUGAUACAUGGUUCCUCCAGUCAAACUCGUACCUCACACGGCGUGAAUGUCCUCGCUGCGAACGGCAUUCCAAGCUGUAUGGAUACCAAUGGCCAUACACAGACAAAAGCCCGGACGGCGAGGACCGAGUCAUGGACCACCGCACUAUUCAUCGGUUCCUAUCUCCAGACGCACAAUCACGCAUUUCCCGUCGAGACCGUGGCGUCAGUUUCGGGAUCACCCCAACCCCCGAGCUAUCUGAUACACAUACCCCGGAAACGGAGACCAGCGAUGCCACUGAGUCUUGCCGUGAUGCUCGGGCAAGCCGGCGUCGCGCUAGAGAACUCCGCAUGACUAUGUAA